AUGGUCUACAUUCGCCAGCGCAACCUGCCCAAACUCCACGAGUACAAAUACUCGGGCGUGGACAAGUCCCUCACGUCGAAAUACAUACUGAAGCCGUUCUACACCAAUGUGGUCAUCAAAUUUUUCCCCAUGUCAAUGGCGCCGAAUCUUAUCACCCUGACCGGGUUUAGUUUCGUUGUGGUCAACUUUCUCACACUGUUGUGGUACAAUCCUGCUCUUGAUACGGAUUGCCCUCCAUGGGUGUACCUGUCGUGGGCGAUCGGUCUCUUCCUAUACCAGACUUUUGACGCAGUGGAUGGAACGCAGGCCAGGAGGACACAUCAAAGUGGUCCUCUGGGUGAACUCUUCGACCAUGGAGUCGAUGCCUGCAACACUAGCCUGGAAGUCAUUAUCUUUGCUGCUGCCACCAACCUCGGCCAAUCCUGGAAAACAGUCCUUACACUUUUCGGUACGAUACUCACAUUCUACAUUCAGACAUGGGAAGAAUACCAUACUCAUACCUUGACGUUGGGUAUCGUCAAUGGUCCCGUCGAGGGUGUUUUGAUCCUGGUCGGGGUGUACUUGCUCACCUUCCUGAAGGGAGGGGCCAGUUACUGGCAACAACCCAUGCUUCCCAGCUUGGACUUGCCAAAAAGUGACUUCCUUCCAGAGUCACUGUACCAGCUAGCUUGGAACGAGUGGUAUAUGGUUUGGGGCGGGCUGGUUCUAGUCUUCAACACUACCAGCAGUAUCCUAAAUGUCAUAAGGGCUCGGCGUGAAAGAGGCGAGGACCCUUUCAAGCCGCUCCUUGGACUGCUCCCCAUUACCGUUACCUGGAUCCUUAUCCCUGCGUAUCUGUGGGAGAACCCAGUGAUUCUUCACUACCACCUUGUUCCCUUCAUCGUGUUCGCGGGUCUCGUCAACGCCUACUCCGUUGGGCAAAUGAUUGUGGCACAUCUGGUCAAGGACAAAUUCCCCUACCAAAACGUUUUGGUGGUCCCAUUAGCUUGGGCUGUGCUUGACAGCUUGGGUCCACGCCUGGGUCUGUGGCCGAGUGCUCUUGGCGAUGACAUCUACCAGGUGGCAUUCAUGUUCAUGGCAUUGGGACUUGCCUUUGGGGUUUAUGGAAGUUUCGUGCACGACGUGAUCACAACCAUCUGUGACUACUUGGACAUCUGGUGCUUGACAAUCAAGCAUCCUUAUGUUGAAGGCCAAUCGGAUGGCGAAGUCAAGAAGUCAAAAUGA